AUGGAGGAAGGAGAAGGCGAUUACGGCUUUUCAUUAACUACGUUCAGUCCGAGCGGAAAGCUCGUCCAGAUUGAAUACGCCCUUAACGCGAUGACGGGGGGGUCGACUAGUGUCGGGAUCAAAGCGACCGACGGCAUUGUUUUGGUUGUGGAGAAGAUCUUGCCGCCGAUGUAUGUCAGCGAGUCGAUACAAAAAAUUAACAACUUGAACCAAACAGUUGGGAUGGUGAGUAGUGGGAUGGGGCCAGACGCUCGUGUGUUGGUGAAGAAAGGACGUAAAGCAGGCCAAAAGUAUUGGCUUGAAUAUCAAGAAAAUAUCGACUGCUCGAUGAUGACACGAAACAUCGCUUAUUUGAUGCAAGAAUACACACAAAAGGGUGGUGUCCGACCAUUUGGUGUCUCUGUAUUAAUUGCCGGAUUUGAUAAAGACACACCACGACUGUAUCAAGUCGAUCCAUCGGGAGCAUUCUGGACUUGGAAGGCGACUGCACUUGGAAAGAAUAUGACAACCGUCAAGACGUUCCUUGAAAAAAGAUAUCACGAAGAUAUUCAACUUGAAGACGCUAUUCACACCGCAAUCCUUGCAUUGAAAGAAGGGUUUGAGGGCGAGAUGAAUGAACACAACAUCGAAAUUGGAAUAUGCACCAAAAAGGAUGGGUUUAAAGUGUUUACUCCAGAGGAGAUUAAGGAUUACCUCGAUGUUGUCAAGUAA